AUGUUUGCAUUAUUGUCUUGUGGUGACUCCAAACUUAAUAUGUUCAUGGUGCGUGUUUUAGAAAUUUUACGAGCUCGUAAAUCUUUAAAGGUUGCAAAGGGCUUCCCGAUUUUGGGAAAUAUCGGUAAAGUCGGUUUAUUGGCUAGUCAUGUACUGUCAGUGGUAACGACAGUGGGACCAUUUAUAAAUCCAUACAAUGGACACAACUACACAAGAUAUGAUGGUAUCAGCCCAUUGAAGAGUGGAAUGAAUGCCCUUCAAAUUUGUGCCAAGCAAUCAACUCCAUUUCAAGAUUUUAGAAAUUAUGUUGCAACAUUUACAUCAAAAGAAGAAUUUGAAUGGGCAGCAUCAAAAGGAUUAAUUACAACUGUUCCAGCAUUGAUCAAUGGUCGGACAAGCUAUGAAGAAUAUGCAUUAAACAUACAUUUUGAUUAUUCACCCGAGGAAGGAUACUUGGUCUUUGACCAAUUAACGGGACGUCCAUAUAGCUAUUUUCAAGCACCUCCAGAUGCCCCAUCAGGAUUAAGUGGUUGUCAACUGAUGGCAGUCUUGGACGGAGCGUCAGCACCCACACAACUAUUGAUAGGAUUUCAAAACCAAGAAGAUUUGUCAUCAUCAAUCAUUUGUGAGUAUGGUGGAGUACAAGAUCCCUUCUUGUCUCAAAUAGAUACUACUGGAGGUAUCAUUACUGUCACUAGAUUAAGUGGUUUCAAUAUUGCAUCACUUUCACUCCAAUUUGUCGGUACGACAAGUUUUGGGUGUAUAUCAAUCUCCAGACUCAACUCUACUUCUGCUAGUUGUACGAUUCUUCCUGGAACAGGUGCAUUCAACGUAACCAUUACCGAUGGUGUCAAGACUGCCGUUGUACCUUGGUCAUUUAAUGCACCAUACCUCAAAUCAGUGUAUCCACCUCUCAACCUAUCCCCAGGUACAAACUUUAUUAUUUAUGGAGGAAACUUUGGAACCAUUACCGCCAAGAUACAAAUCUAUGUAACUUCUCAAAAAUUCCCAUGUACCAUCCAAUCAGUUAAAAUCCCAGGUCAAGCUUAUGAAAUAUCUUAUGCUGCCGAUAUUUCCGGUUACCAACUACUUCCAAUUACCAUCGUCGUUGAUAAUGUUCAAUCUUAUUUAACCAUGGUUCCAAUUUGGGAUACAAGUUCAAAAUCAUUCUUUUCACCAUUCCCAGUUACUAUGUAUUUUGACCCAAGCUUGAUUGGACAGGUUAUCGGAUUGGCCGAUGAGAAUAUUGGAGCAGCACUUGGGUUGAUAGAGUCUCCUGUCACUGCCAAUCUUCUCAAAUCAACGUAUCCUCUAUUCUACAAUACCACCAAGAAUCAAUGGACUCUCUUUGAAGAUUUCUUUUUCCAAGGCAUUUCCCCUAGAAGAGCCUCUAAUCCGAAUCUAGCUGCUAAUUUUUACUCGACCAACAUUCCCAAUACUGCAUUGUUUCAAGCUAAAAGCCCCUACUUUGAUUUGUCAACCUUUAUCAUUAGUCCAGCGGCAACGUCUGCCGAUUAUUACAAACAUCUUGCUCAGUACAUUCCCAAUGUACAAGUGGUUGGAGGAACUAUUCUUGUCAACACUACUGGUGACUCGGCCAAGACCGUCCAACUCACGAGCUAUGGUUCAAGAUUUGGGUCGUCUCAAAACUUUAGAAUCGAUGACAAUCUCAUCGUACCAGUUGAAUAUGACCCCAUCAACAACUAUGGUCUCUUGAUCAUCAACAUUGCACCAGGAUAUGGAUCUAGUACUUUUAAUAUCUCUACCGACGGUAGAACCUACCAAACAACAAUUGAAUACGGUAAUCCUGUCAUUAGCGGUGCAACCAAUAUCGGUACAACCGGAGGAGCCAUCUCUAUCGUCGGAUACAACUAUUACAUUCUAAAUUCGGUCAUCACCAUCAAGAUGGGUCCAAUCACUUGCUCCAAUCCAAAUAUAGUCGUUGCUCACAAGACGAUUGUAUGUAAUAUGCCAGCAUCGUCUGGUAAAGGAAUGUUAGUGGUGCAGGUUGGAUCAAAACCAUCGGUGGGAUUCAAUUGGUCGUAUCAAGACCCGUUUAUCUCUGGUGCCACUGUAUCUAGUAGUCCCAACACGUUGACUAUUUCAGGUUCUAAUUUCGGACCUUUGCCAACCAAUAUAUUGGUGUUUGUAACAUCACCAAAGCUCGGUGGUGAUGUUCCAUGCACAGAAGUAUUACUCCCCACCCCUCACACCCAAAUCACUGCCAAGGUACCAAAGACUGCUCAUGGACGCAUGGUCAAUGUCUAUGUCAGUGUAUCAAAUGUCAAGUCAAACAAUACUGCCUCUGUCAUAUUGACACCCUACCUAGACAGUCUCUUGUCACUACCAUUCACUGAAGGUGGUUCUGUUGACAUGGUAGCAUACUUUGACUCUGUUGACGAUGUAGGUAAUCCCAUUACAGCAGUUGACAUGCUAGUCAAUAACAGUGCAGCCAUACCAGUCACCUGUAAAGUUAGAUAUACACCACCAACUAAAGCAAUCUUGUCGUGUCCAAUGCCAGCUGGAUUCUAUCCAUUUUUAGUGUCUAUCGUCACACCCUAUGGUAUUUCCAACCAGAUUGCAGCUACCUACUCCAAACCAAACAUCGUUUCAGUCUCACCACUAAAAUAUCUUGCACCUGGUUUGGUAACAAUCAGUGGUAACUCUUUUGGUGAUCUCUCUCUACCAUUGUACGCAGCCAUUGGUAACUUUACCAACAUGCAAAACUGUACCAAUGCACGAAUCAUCGAUCCCUAUAGAAUCGAAUGUUUCUACGAUGCUUCCAUCACUGCACCAGCCGACCCCAAACGUUCACUUAAUGUCACCAUCACCACUACCUUUGGCAGUACUACCAAAGAGAUGUUUAUCUAUGCCACUACCUUGAGUUGUCCUAAUAACUGCUCUUCCCAUGGUACGUGUAACACUGACAGUGGUGACUGUAUUUGUGAAAAGGGGUAUCUAUCAAGUGCCGACUGUUCAGUAGCAGAUGGAGGAAACAAUGGUGGUAAACCUGAAACCAACGAAAAUGGUACAACAACCAUUCCAGUUAAAGGUCUCAACUUUACCAUUUCAAUAACACAUCUUCGGGAACUAGAUAUGGAUGACGUACCAAUUAAAACACUCCCCAUAUCCGAUGCACUCUGGGUGAAUGAGCAGUUGAAUGAAAACUCUAUGCAACACAAUGGUAUUUUUGACAAUGACACUGCAGUCAUUUCAAUUGUCUCUACCUAUUAUCCAAAUUCAUCAACCAUUAUAUUUGCAGGUCAGGAAAUGGUCAUGCCAACCAACUCUAUCAAAUAUGAAAUCACAGUCUCCAAUUGGACUUGGCAAGAUCAACUAUCUCAACUACAAGUCAUUUACAACUCUUUCACAGAUCAAUCAUCUACCAUUGGUUGUGAUAAUGAUCAAGUUGCUCAAACCAAUGUAACUACUUCUACUGACGGUGAUACAAUCUAUUGGUUCCAAAUUCAAAGUGGUAAUACAAUUAUGAAUGCUAAAUUUAGUAAUCGUAUGAUUGUUGAUGAAAGAAUUAUUCGUGCUAGUGUAAAAUUAUUGGAUCAUGAUGAUGAAUUAUACUUGAAUGUUUCAUCAACUGGUAAAUUUAAUGUAUUGACAGCAAUCACUACACCAUAUUUUGAUGAUAGAGUUGUUUUGGAUCCUUCCUUUUCUGCACUACUUCAAUACAAGGAUCAACAACAACAAGAUGAAUGUGCUACAAGUGACCCAUCCAAAUGGAAAUUGAUUGUUAUUGUAGUGUGUAGUGCUAUUGGUGGGUUGGCAGUAGCCACCAUUUCUGUAAUCUCAUACAAACGUUGGAAACUACAAAGAAAAUCUAGAAACAAACUAAACAGAUUAGCAAAAAUGAACCAAGAUAAUGGUCUAUAA